AUGACAAGUAAACAACAAAUUCUUUUACUUCCACCAGGUUUAACAGAUUUUUCAAUUGAAAAACAUCUUCUAUCAUCAACUCCAUACGAACUUGUUGUUGUUUCUGAUGUAGCAAACCUUGCCUCAUAUGUUUCAAAUCCACUUGUAAUUGCUGUUAUCACUAGCCGUGUGCCAAUUACAUCCGAAAUUAUUCAAUGUAUUUCACCCUCUUGUCGUGUUAUAACUCGGUUGGGAGUUGGUUUCGACUUACUUGAUAUCAAAGCAUGUCUUCAACGUAAUAUUAUCGCUUGUUAUGUACCUGAUUAUGGUACAAAUGAGGUUGCUGAUCAUGCUGUUGCUCUUCUUUUUGCUGCUCAUCGUCGUUUAUCAUUAUUUCAUCGAUCAAUUGUUGAAAAAAAGAUUUGGAAUUUUCAAAUUACUGGUACUAAUUUACAAAGUUUAAAUACAUUGAAUUUGGGUGUUAUUGGUAUGGGUCGUAUUGGAUCAUGUUUUGCUACUAAAAUGCGCCCAUUUGUUAAACAAAUAUUUUCUUAUGAUCCAUUAGUACCUUCGAAUUGUACUUCAACUGAUGAAAUUUUUGAAAAUUGUGAUAUUAUUUCACUUCAUAUUCCACUUACACCAGCGAAUUAUCAUUUAAUAUCAUCAAAUUCAAUUAAUUGUAUGAAACGACGACCAAUUUUAAUAAAUACUAGUCGAGGAGCAAUAGUUGAUACUCAAGCACUCAUAGAAGCUUUAAAAAAUGGACAAAUAUCUUAUGCUGCACUUGAUGUACUCGAAAAUGAACCAGAAAUUGAUUCAGAAUUAAUUAAACUUGAUCGAAUUCAAUUAACACCACAUGUGGCUUGGUAUACUCAACAAUCAGAAUUAGCUUUACGUACAAAAGCAAUUCAAGAUAUAUUACGUGUUAUGAAUGGUGAACAACCACUUUAUCCUGUACCUAUUCAAGAUUAA